GGCCAGUCGGUCCAUUGCUAGAACAGCUCUUGCACAUCCCACUUUGACGUUCCCGCAAACAUGGGUGUACAAAAGAAGAAGCGAUCCAGUCUCCGCCAUGACCCGCUCUACGUCCAAAUGGCCAAAGACAGCUCAGUUGAACUGACUAAAAAGAAGCGACGAGGACCAAAGGACCAAACCGGGUCAGACGAUGACACAUCCAAGAAGGGCGCCGAGUUUUUGGACAGUAGGACGUCCAAAAAGAUUCUCAACAUUGUGCGGCAACAACAGGACGAGAUUGAACGGGAGGGAAGGAUGAUGGACACUGACAAGAUCACAUUAACCCCUGCACGACCAUUGUUCACCAACAAAGUGGAGUCAGAUGAGGACGUUGCGGAGAUUGAAGAAGAGUACGAAGAGUACGAAGGAUUUGAAGAGGACUUUGAGAUUGAUGAAGCCGAUCAAGCGUUGAUUGACAAAUUUAUGGCCAAAGAGCCACGAAAACAGAUGAACUUGUCAGACCUGAUCAUGAGCAAAAUCCAAGCGGCAGAGGCAGCCGGUGCUGAUACAGAAGGUCGAGAAGUCCCACCGUCCAUGAACGAAAAGAUUAUCGACGUGUACACAAAAGUUGGUCUUCUCCUAAGCCGAUACAAGUCUGGAAAGCUUCCCAAAACAUUUAAAAUCAUUCCUUCGCUUGCCGAUUGGGAAGAUAUUCUUUACCUCACGCAUCCCGAAAAAUGGACACCUCAAGCAACGUACCAGGCAACUCGUAUCUUUGUCUCCAAUUUGAAAGCGAAAAUGGCGCAGAGAUUCUUUGCACUAGUUCUGCUAGAUCGUGUGCGGGAGGAUAUUCAAGAGACCAAAAAGUUGAACUAUCAUCUUUAUAUGGCACUGAAAAAGUCUCUGUACAAACCAGCGGCUUUCUUCAAAGGACUGUUGCUACCCCUGUGUGAAACCGGAACAUGUACCCUACGCGAGGCAGCCAUUAUCGGCAGUGUAAUAUCAAAAGUCAGUAUACCUGUGCUCCAUUCAGCCGCCGGGCUGCUCAAGUUGGCGGAAAUGGAUUACUCUGGGGCAAACAGUCUUUUCAUCCGAAUCCUCCUUGACAAGAAAUACGCAUUACCAUUCAAAGUUGUAGAUGCCCUCGUUUUCCACUUUAUCCGAUUCAAGAAUGACCCCCGCGAAUUGCCAGUCUUGUGGCAUCAAUCGCUACUCGUAUUCGCUCAAAGGUACAAGGAGGAUAUGACUCCAGAACAGAAGGAGGCUCUGUUGGAUCUUAUCAGAUAUAAAGUACACGAAGGGAUAUCCCCUGAAAUCAGACGAGAGUUACAAAACUCGGAAUGCAGAGGGGAGAUGAUGGACGAUCGGUUUGAUAUGGAUAUUUAGUGAAUUUCUUCGUAUAUGUAUUUAGGCUUGGCCCUCCGCAUCUUAGCCAUUGUUUUUUGCACGUCUUUUCCAUCUAAUGUAUCUAUCUCGCCAGUUGACGUAUUCUCCAGUCCUUUAGCACCUCGUACACACUCAUUGACAAUGUUACAG